AGUGUCAACUUUGUGACAAUUCUGAACUAUUGUUAGUGAUUAUUAGUGUAUUGUUAGUGUAUAAUGUGUAAGUUAAUAGUGUUUAGUGUUGUGAUAGUGUAUUAUUCUUUAUUAUGUGAUGGCAGUGGAAUAUUUAACGAAGAAUCAAGAAUAACGUUUAAACCAGAUGAUAAUUUCUCACAAUAUUUUGGUUACUCGGUCCUAUUUGAUUCAGAUAAGCUUAUAGUUGGAGCUCCCAAAGCAAGAAAUAGAUACAAUACCACGAUCAAUUCUGGACAAGUGUUUUCGUGCGCAUUAGAUAAUCUAAACUUGAAAAAAGUCACGUGUCACCCUUUAGGAAUCAACGAAAAUGUUGAAGAUAUAAUUUAUCGGAGAUCCACUAAACACUCAGAUUUUUUCGAAAAUGAUAUGUGGUUUGGAGCGACGAUAGCCUCAGUACCGAAUGGAAAAUUACUGAUGUGUGCUCCUCGUUGGACCACUCCAUACAGAGACAAACACUUACUUGCGAAUGGUGCCUGUUAUAUGAUAUCCAAAAGACGUGGUGCUGCGCUUUUUCCGUUAGCUGAAAUGAGCCGCCAAGCAUUCAUGACCCAUGGUGAAAGAAUUGAGUAUGGGGAAUAUGGUACCCAUCUAAAUCUCUACGCGUACGGUCAAGCAGGAUUUUCAAUUAAAGUUUCAAAGACGAGCAUUAUUAUUGGUGCACCUGGACUGUUACAGUGGACAGGUGGUAUCGCAACGUAUAAGUACUACAAGGAAAGCGAAUACUUGAGUUUACAGCCUACAAUUAAUCCUUAUUACACGUUAGACGUUGGACCAGAUGACUACUUAGGAUACAGUGUCGAGUCGGGUGUGUUUGAAAAUAAUGGUACAAUUUUAUAUGUAGCAGGAGCACCUAGAUCGAAGUCAGGAUAUGGACAGGUUCUUGUCUUCGAGCCGUCAUUUCGAGAAACAGAUCCCUUUAAAAUUAAAGCAAAAGUAUGUGGACCACAAUUAGGAGCAUACUUCGGUGCUAGUUUGUGCUGCACUGAUGUCAAUGGUGACGGUAUCACUGAUCUUCUCGUGGGAGCUCCGAACUUCGUCAGAAAAGAUGGCGUUGGUUUACAUUACGAUCAAGGCGCAGUCUUUGUCUAUCUUACUGAAAUUAAGGAGACAGACUUCAAUCUUAUCGCAGCUGAUUACGUUAGUGGUUCGGGAGAAAGUGGAGUUCGUUUUGGCAGUACAAUAGCAAAUUUAGGGGACAUAGAUGGCGACGGAUUUAAUGAUAUUGCUAUAGGAGCUCCAUGGGAAGACGACGGAAAAGGAGCUGUUUUCAUAUUCAGAGGUGGCAAAGAAGGUCUGAGACCGAAAUAUGUACAGAAGAUUGUGGUCAAAGAAGCACAAACGUUUGGUAUUUCCAUAUCUGGGGGUUACGAUAUUAAUAACGAUAAUUGUAACGAUUUAGCGAUAGGCGCUCAUAGUUCUGCUACAGCUUACGUUUUUAGAUGCACACCAACAAUGCAUGUAGAAGUAUAUAUAAAAGUACCAGAUGCAGUUAAUUUACAACAAGGUGCAACAAACUUUUCAGCAUUAUUCUGUGUUAAAUCAGCUGAGAGUAAAACGUGGCCACGCGCAAAAAUGGAUUUUACUGCGAAUAUAGCUAUUGAUCCAAUCGAAAACAGAGCAAGACUUAAGGGAGAUACGGAAUACGAAGUCUCUAUUCAACCAGGCAACGAGAAUUGUGACGAACAAGUUAUCGAAGUAAAGCCGACAGCCGAUUUAUCAAAACCAAUCUCCAUGAAAUUCAAUUUAGAAGUAAAAGAUUCGGAAGAUGGUUCCGACGAAUCCCACGAACAGUUUGCGAAAGUAUCAGAUGAUUCAGUUCUAGACACACUUUUCCGCAUUCAACUGAUGCGAGAUUGUGGUGAUGACGAAGAACUUAUUUGCAAGCCAUUUCUUGUCAUGAAUUUAAAUCCCUUAAGUAGUCCGUACAUUCCCGGGACAAAAGAUAAGCUAGGCGUAAAGCUUUCCGUUGUUAAUAUGGAAGAACCAUCAUUUGGAGCCAAAGUCCAUCUUACGUUACCUUCAUCACCUAAAAGGUUACCCAGGGAAUGUAGCUUAGAAGAAUUCAACGUCACAUGUGAUAUACCAUCUCCUUUAAAUCGGUUUGAGAUUGUUGAAUGGGAAAUAGAAUUGGAAUAUGCAUACAAGGAUACAACAGCAAAGGAAUUAAAGAUUGUAGCUAAUCUUAAUGAUCCAUUCAACAAUGAUACCGAUAUUGAUAGAAUUUCGAAAGAAAUGGUUAUUUUGAUAACACCGAAAGCAAAUUUCUCGAUAAGCGGGAAAGCGUUGCCGAACGCGACCAUUGCAGUAACAAGAGACAAAUUUAACGAGGCGGCCAAUGUGACUUUCGUUCAUUAUUUUGAGGUUACAAAUUUCGGCCCAUCGGAUUGGUUUCGCUUGCCAGUCCAAAUUACUUUGCCAGAUAAAGUGAAUCUGUCAAGUCGGAUCAAGGGAUGUGCUCAGGACGAAUCUCAUUGCGAAUGGAAUAUACCAGCCAAAGUUUCGAUGCCCGUCCUUCUCUCACUGAGAUUCAACUUGGCGGAUUAUGGUGAUUUCCUUGAGCAGCAAAAGAAUUUUAACAUAACCACGUUUAUGAUCAUUCAACUUGAAGGUCAAAAUAAGUCUUCCUCUAUAACAACAACGUUAAUCUUGGAACCAGCUCCACCUCUAUGGCCGAUUAUUCUGGGCUGUUUUGCUGGACUAUUGUUGCUAUCUCUCAUCGUGCUGGGGCUUUAUAAAUAUGGAUUCUUUUCAAGAAAUCGAUUAGAAGACUUCAAGAGGCUACAAGAACAGAAAACGACAUUAGAUGAAGGGAAUACAUCAACUAACGAGGGUUCGUCAUCAACCCCUGAAGCUUCAUCACAGGAACUAAUAUCAGACGAUUCAGACUGAGCGCCUCGAAGAAAUUAUUUAUUACUUAUGUCUAGUCUUCCGAAUUUAUUUUAGUACUCGAAGUAUAAAUGAUUAUACGGAUUUUUAAUUUUUGCUCAUUGAUGUAAUUAUGGAAUUAGUAAUAAGUUAAUUGUAAUUUUAGCUAUCAGCUGUUAUUUAUAUUAAAACGAUUUAAAAAAAUAUGAUAACAUAAGUUAAAGGGACGACAAAAUGCCAAAGCGAGAGAGACGAAGCAUUAGCCCCAAUCAAGCGGAAUCGUUUUGAAAUUGAAAGCGAUUUUGAUUACCUUUUGCCGAUUUUGAGGAUCUUGAAACUUGUAAUUUCUUUUGAACUCUCUUGAGUUUUCUUUUAAAGAUUUUUUGCCAGUAUCUAUUUUGUUUGGUUAGAUUUCUUUACUAAGUUUUUCGAACAUUACGCAAACAUAUUUAUCUUCUGUUUUGGCUUGGAUUGCACUUUGAUGAUGAUAUAAUGAUGAUGUCCAACUGACUUUCAAGCUUCACACGACUGUUAAAAAUGUCCAUCUCCUAGACAAAUAACCGUUAUAUUGGUUUUAUCCGCCAAAUCCUGUGCAUAUAUGUUUUUGCGUAUGUGUGUGUGUGCGUAUGCGUGUCUAUAUAUAAUAAUAGCUUUAAGCCCACCUUCUUUGAUUUUAUUUGUCUACACUAAAGUAUAUAUCAAAAGAUUCAUACUAAGCAAAACCAACAAUUUUUUAUUUGUGUC